GGCUUUGUGACACUUUACAAAAUACAUUUACAAGUCUUUCUUUACUUUUCUUUUUCCUUUUUUUCUUUAUAAACUUUUUUUUUUCUCUCUAAAAAUAACAAGAUGCCUGGAGGAGGUGAAGUGCCCGAGACUAAACAAACGCCCAAGAACAAGGCCUGUCUUAUCUGUAUUGACGGCUGGGGUAUUUCUCCCGAGGAAGACCAUAAGGGAGAUGCUAUUUACAAUGCUGAAACACCUGUGAUGGAUAAAUUAGAAAAAGAGCAUUCUUUCACAAGCAUUGCUGCUCAUGGUCUUUCUGUUGGUCUUCCUGAUGGUUUGAUGGGUAACUCUGAAGUUGGUCACUUGAACAUCGGUGCUGGUCGCGUCGUGUAUCAAGAUAUCGUUCGUAUUGACCUUACCAUGAAGAAGAAGGAAUUCGGACAAAUUGAAAACAUCAAGAACGCAUUUGAGCGUGCCAAGAACAGUAACGGUCGUCUUCAUUUCAUGGGCCUUGUUUCUGAUGGUGGUGUCCACGCUCAUAUCGAUCAUCUUGUGUCAUUAUUAGAAGCUGCCAGGGACGCUGGAGUACCCGAAUCCUACAUUCACUUCUUUGGUGACGGACGUGACACAGACCCCAAGUCUGCUUCCAAGUACAUGAAGCAACUAUUGGAAUCCUUGGAUAAGCUCCAAUACGGUAAGAUCGCUGAUGUCACUGGUCGUUACUAUGCCAUGGACCGUGACAAGCGUUGGGAACGUGUUCAAAUCGCUUUUGAUGGUAUGACCCAAGCCAAGGGAGAGGAAGCUUCUGAUCCCGUUCAGGCAAUUGAGGACCGCUACGCAAAGAAUGAAACUGAUGAAUUCUUGAAGCCCAUCAUCAUCAACAAGGAAGGUCAAAUUAAGGACGAUGAUACUAUCUUCUGUUUCAACUUCCGUGCUGAUCGUAUGCGUGAAAUUUCCCAAGCCUUUGGUAUUUCUCCCUGUCCAUUUGAUUCUCCUGUUCCCAAGAAUCUCGAAAUCUUUACCAUGACCCAAUACAAGAGCGACUUCCCCUUUAAGGUCGCCUUCCCUGCUCAAUCCAUGGACAAUGUCCUUGCUGAAUGGUUAGGCAAGAAUGACAUUCCUCAGAUGCACGUUGCCGAAACUGAAAAGUACGCACACGUCACUUUCUUCUUCAACGGUGGUUCUGAAGCCCAGUUCAACCUUGAGGAACGUAUCAUGGUAAACUCUCCCAAGGUGGCCACAUAUGAUUUGAAACCCGAAAUGAGUGCCGCUGACGUUGCAGACAAGGUCGCUGAAGCUAUUGAAAGUAGCAAGUAUCCUUUCGUCAUGUGUAACUUUGCUCCCCCUGAUAUGGUUGGCCACACAGGUGUCUAUGAGGCUGCCGUUAAGGGCGUUGAGGCUACCGAUAAGGCUAUUGGUGUUAUACUUGAAGCUUGUCAAAAGAAUGGCUAUGCCCUCUUCAUCACUGCCGAUCACGGUAACGCUGAAAAGAUGUUGGCCGAUGAUGGCAAGAGUCCUUUCACUGCUCACACCUGUGCCAAGGUGCCUUUUGUUAUGGUAAAUGACCAAGGCAAGAAGUUUAAAGAAGGAUCUGAAGCUGGUGCUCUCUGUGAUGUUGCCCCUACUGUUCUUGAUUACAUGGGACUUCAUAUCCCCAAGGAAAUGACUGGCAAGUCCUUGCUUGCUUAAUUAUAAUUAUAUUUGUUCAUAUACGCAUGUGUAAACUAGAAAUCAUAUAAACGCAGAAUUUUCUUCAAGAGCAUUCUCUUUUGUAUAAAAAGUUCUCAACAGAUAAGAAGUGUUUUUAUUGUAUUUUAUUUUGCAUUGUCCAAAUUCGAUCAACAAAGAAUGAUUAAAUGUAAUAAUGAUGAUAGUUUGAUCAGAUACGCCUGCUUGUAGGUAUAUUGUGCAACAAACUCACUCAUUGAGAACAGUCAAAGAAUGUGAGUGAAAGGAGCGGCUGUCAUUAGUGGUCCUUCUUUUUGUUUACUUUCAAGUCCUUUUAGCCAGUCUGCUGAUGAGAAACAUCUUGGUCCGUUUAUUAAUAUACUUUAAUUUAAAAGCACAGAAAUUAGCUACACAGAGUGUAUACAAGUGUUUGAAAGCUUUGAUUAAUCUUUUUAAUUUCCAAUCGUCUCGUUUUAGGAUGGUGCACUUUUCGGCUUUG